AUGGUACCAUUACACUUUAUUGCCAAAGUAGAUUUAUAUGCCAAAUGUGUAUUUAAUAUAACAGCGCGAAUUAGUAUAAAAAAGACAGAUUUCCCGUGUUAUAGAGUUCAGCUUGAUGGCAAAUGGUACAUCGCAGCGAUCGCGUCAGACCUCCGAGUGGAAGCCGACUGUGCCAUGCUCAUGUUCAAUCAUAUGAACUCCACUGAUGUAUCUAUCAGCUGGGUAGCGAACAACUCCAUAUCAUAUUACAACGGAUCUGUUUCCAUCAUCGUUGACCCCAACAGCAACAGUACAGUGUUGGGAGAUUUGCUUCAGGUCACAUAUACUGACGAGAUAUGGAAAUUAACGCGGACUCCGCAUUUGAAGGAGAGCGACGCGGCGAAGUUGGACCAGGCUAUUGCAAAUUAUAGUUUGCAAGCGACCAAGUUCAAAAUGUUCAAUAACACCGAAGACACCUGUAGUAUUAGUGGGGGAUUCCACCUAGAUCCAUCUAUAGUAUUGACCUCGGCGGCAGCCCUGACUAUGUUCAGAAUGUUUUACUGA